AAGCCAAAGUAAUAUUGAUGCAAUCGGGCCUAAAUGUAUUUGUUUGCACAAAAGUAAAUAACACAAACAUUUUUUUUCAGUGUCCUAAUAAUGCAGGCUCUUCUUAUUUUAAUUAUAAGCAUACUCACAGUAUUGUUUUACUUGGAAUUUGUAAUGCCAACUAUUGUUUUACAUAUGUUGAUAUUGGCGCUUAUGGUCGACGUAGUGAUGGUGGCAUUUUUAAAGAUUCUCUCAUAGGUCAAAAGUUUCAUAAUAAUGAAAUGAAUUUACCACAACCAAGACCUUUAACAUCAAAUGGAGAAUCAUUAUCUUAUGUUCUUGUUGGUGAUGAAGCUUUCCAGUUAACAAAUUAUUUACUUCGGCCUUACCCUGGAAAAAAUUUAACCGAACAACGAACAAUUUAUAAUUACCGUCUUAGUCGUGCAAGAAGAACAAUAGAAAACACUUUUGGUAUUAUAGUAAGCCGCUGGAGAAUUUUAAAACGACCUAUUAUUUGUAACAUUGAAAAAUCAAUGAAGAUUGUUCAAGCAAUUGUGUGUCUUCACAAUUGGAUACGAAAACAAGACAUAGAUGUAAAUCAAUAUGUAACGCCGACGCUGAUUGAUAGAGAAGAUUCCGAGGGUUUUAUUCCUGGUUGUUGGAGAGAAGAUAUGCACAAUAGUGCCUUAAUAAAUAUAAAUAAAACUGGUAGUAAUAAUUGUUCUCGUAACGCUAUGGAAAUUCGUGAACAAUUUUGUAAAUGUUUUAAUAACGAAGGAGCUGUACCGUGGCAAUAUGACCGCUGCUAAAUACAUGUUAAAAUAAAAUAAACAUUGAAAUUGGGUAUUCAAUAUAAAAGUUGUUUUAUUUCUAACAAAAAUGUUUGAUUGCAUCUCGUCCGUUAUAUGUUUAGAAAUAUACUUAAAAUACUUAAAAAUAAAAUAAUAAUUGCAAUGAAAACAAAACAAAGCCAUAUAUGUAUGUAUACAUAUAACAAUAAAAUAAAAUAAAAAUCGUAAAUCAAAUAAAUGUCACAAAACAAAACAAUUCUUAAUUUUAUGUGACUUAGUAAAAAAUAAAUGAUGUUUUUACUUAUAUUCUCUAAUUAAUGCUCUAUAUGUAAUAUCAUAUAUUUCUUGCAUUACAUCUAAUUGCACUCGAAGCGACAUUCGUUUUAAACGAUGUCCUACACUUGACAAAAAUGAAUCUAUUUCAUCUGGUACUGGAGGUGGGGGUAAAAGCAAAUCAUUGUUGGAUUUGCAAACAGCAUCAGCAAUUCUGUCGAGUGCAUCCUUCGU